AAACUUGAGGGGUCUAAGCACGCGGGAGCAACGGGUCAGCACGUAGAGCUGCUGCUACCUUCUCCCGAAUACGCAUCCCCGGACCGGCCUCUGCAGAGGCGCUGACCCCGGCGCCCCCGGAUCUGGGCGGGAGGUGGCGGGCGGGGAGGCGCCAGCCUCGAAGGGGAGGGGCGCGGGUGGGCGGCCGCCGGCUGCCCACUGUCCGUCGCGGCGCCGGGGACACUCCCGCCACCUCCGCUCCAUCCCCUCUGGUCUCCCGGAGUGUGGGCAGGGCAGUCCCGGGGCUUCCGUGGGCCCGGGCCUCUCCCACUUAAGGAGGAAAAAGCAGGGGAAGCCCCCGGCGCCCGCCGCCUCCGGAGAGCCGCGGAGCCCCCAGCCGUGCAGCCCCUGAAGACGAGCCCGGGCGGGGCCCCGGUGCGUCGUGCCUGUCGCCGUCCGUGUCCGGAGCGGCGGCCUGCGCUCGCCGGCUCGGCGCCGCGAGCCCCCAACCGCGGGCCGUAGGGGCCCCACCCUACGGGGCGUGGGCAACGGCCGGCGGAGGACGAGCGGAGCAGCCGUCGCGGGGCCUCGCCGCGGCCUCCAGCGCCCCAGCCCCGGGGAAUGCAGUGGCCCCCGGCCCCUGGCGCCUCUCUGUGCCUAGGCUGGGCCUCCUCGCUCGCCUGUUCCGCGGCCACGACGCUCCUGAGCCGCGCCGGCCGGGCCCCCGUCAUGGCGGCCAAGUGGUUCAAGGAGUUCCCCCUGAACCUGAAGACCGUGUCGGAGCGGGCCAAGCCCGGCGGCGGGGCAGGCGGCAAACUGCGCAAGAACUCGGAGGCGGGCGGCGCGGGGCCAGCCCCGGGCAAGGGCCGCAAGAACUCGGCAGCCGAGCUGGGGAGCGGCCGGGCGGGGGUCGGUCCCCCCAAGGACAGCCGGCUGUCUCGGGACAGCCUGCAGGGUCUCAUUCAGGCCGCCGCGGGCAAGGGGCGCAAGAACUCCCGGGCCGCGGAGGAGGAGCCCCAUCGGGGCGCUGCCAAGAGCACAGGCUGCAGCACCUACAUCAACAGGCUCAUCAAGGUGGACACUCAGGAGAAGAAUGGGAAGACCAACUACCCCAGCAGCAGCAGUAGCAGCAGCAGUAGCAGCAGCAGCUCUUCCUCCGCGUCCUCUUCCCCUUCCUCCCUGGGCCCCGAACUGGACAAGGGCAAGAUUAUUAAGCAGCAAGACACGGUCAUCAUUUUAGAAGACUAUGCUGACCCUUAUGAUGCUAAACGGACAAAAGGUCAAAGGGAUGCAGAGAGAGUAGGAGAGAAUGACGGUUACAUGGAACCCUAUGAUGCACAACAAAUGAUAACAGAAAUCAGACGACGAGGUUCCAAAGACCCGCUGGUGAAGGCUCUUCAGCUGCUCGACAGCCCCUGCGAGCCCGGGGAGAACGGCCUGAAGCCCGAGGCUCUGGCCAAGAGACGGGGCUCCAAGGAGCUCGCCGGGAAACCGCCGCAGCUGUACGACACGCCCUACGAGCCUGCGGCCGAGGGCGGCCCGCGCGCCGAGGCCCCCGAGCGGAAGGCGCGGCCCCCGGACGGCCACAGCCGGCUGCCCCAGGACGACGAGAGGCCCGCGGCUGAGUACGAGCAGCCCUGGGAGUGGAAGAAGGAGCAGAUCGUGCGGGCGCUGUCAGUUCAGUUUGAAGGCUCUGAGCGACCUUCCAUCAAGGAGGAGUCCGUGAGGCAGCACCACCGACAGAAGAGCUGGACCCAGAAGAUCUUGAAGCCAAGCCUCUCUGACCACAGUGAGGGGGAAAGAGUGGACCCAGCCCUGCCACUGGAGAAGCAGCCUUGGUAUCAUGGUGCCAUCACCCGUGCUGAGGCUGAGAGUCGACUACAACCCUGCAAAGAAGCUGGGUACUUGGUUCGGAACAGCGAGUCAGGGACCAGUAGGUACUCCAUUGCACUAAAGACGAGUCAAGGCUGUGUCCACAUCAUCGUGGCUCAGACCAAAGACAACAAAUACACCCUGAAUCAGACAAGCGCUGUCUUCGACAGCAUCCCGGAAGUGGUACACUAUUAUUCCAACGAGAAGUUGCCUUUCAAGGGGGCAGAACACAUGACCUUACUCUACCCUGUGCACAGCAAGCUGCACUAAGGUUCAGCCACCAAAAGCCCCGGUGGGGCCUCUUGCACCUCGGAGGGCAUCCGCACCCAACCGGCAUCUCAGGAGACAGGGCUGAACUGCACCACAGUAUUUGGGAGGAAGCGGGACUCUUCAUUUAGAAGUCCAAAAAUCUUUGACCUUGAAUCCAUUCUGUGACACUUGGUUCCUGACCGGUCCCUUUUCUCCUUGCUCAGUCGUUCCACAAUAAGAAACCAGCAUGGACCAGUUGCCUCCACUCUCUGGAGUAGGGUGUUCUGUUUGGGACAUGACCCUCAGGAAAGGUAAGUCCAGAGUCCAGAGAUAGGAAGGUUGUCCAAGAAUGUGCCAGCUGUUCCCUGGAAUGCCUGGUCUCCAAACAAAUCAACACAAAUACACUUGGCUUUGACAUAAGACAAAACAAUGAUCAUGUGGGCUCAAAGAACAGGUAAUACAGGAGCCCUUCUCGGGGAAAAGCAUGAACAGUGGAAAAUAAGUGGUAGGCAUUUUGGAGAAAGCUGUCUUUUUCUCUCGAGGGUCCUAGCUAAGCUCUGGAGUGCAUGAAAAUUCACAGUGUUAGGGUCUGGCCAAAGGAUUAUUUUGUCAGCCAGCCUUCUAAGAAAGUUUGUGUUUUCUCAGUCUCUGAGGACUUUUUCAUCAUUUCUCAGCCAAUGAGUAAUGUAAGCAUAAAUAGGAAGGAAGAUAGCCCCGAUUUAAGAAUCACCAAUAUAAUUUAGCAUUGGCAGCGUUACUGUUCUUCUGAAUCACAGGAUAAAAUACACAACAAAGAUUUCAUUUUUGAUUUUUAGCGAAUCUGAAAGUCUGCAAAACAAAUUUACACAUUUAUUUUUAUAUUGGAUGCUUCUACAGAACUUCUCAAAUCUUUUGUUUCCUCUUUUGUGCAUUUUAGUUGUUAUUGGAACCAUUUUUAAUUUUUAAUCCCUAAAAUUGGAUUUGCUUUGUAUUUUUAGAGUAACUUAAAAAAAACAAAAACUCUCUAUAAAACCCUGGGAUCUGAUUGUGGGAACUGAUUCUCUAAAGCCCGCAAGGUUUCUCUCAUGCUGUACAAAAGCAGACCAGUUUGCACUGCAUAAAAAUAUUUCAAAAGACUGAAGACUUCUUUAACUACUGUUGCUUAAAGAUAUUAAAAUAAUAUUCAUAGCAUUGUUAUCUUUAUGACUUAACCGUGAACUUAUAUCGCCAAUGUACUUACUGUGAAAAAAACCCGCGGGAAUGGCGUACUGUGAGAAGCUACAGUGAGGGUCUCUAUAAUUACAACUGCGCAGAUGUUUCUGUAUUCUGGGCUUUGUAAUUUGGUUCUUAAAACUGGUCUAGAUACAAAUGUGCUGCCUGUCAUCACCAAAAAGUUAACUUUGGUAACUAAUAUUAAAUGCACAAAAAAAAAAUGUUGAUUUGGGUUAAUUUUUAGGGAAACAUAUCCUUCUAUUUAUCAGUCAUCAUUUACUGUUAUAAUUAGAGAUUAGUACAUAUUUGCUUCUUUAUUAAGAUCAUAGCCAAAGGGUCAUGAUUUUGAUUUUAAAAAUUUGAAAGAAACUUUUUCUCACUGGAUCGCAACGGUUUUUGUAAUGAAUGUCCUGGAGUUCUCUUGUGGCAGAGUGGGUUAACGGUCCCACAUUGUCACUGCAUUGGGUUGGGUCACUGCUGUGACGUGGG